AUGAGUGUGGCCGCGCAGACUUCAACACCACCACCACCACCACCACCACCAUGGUAUCGGCGCGGCGCAAGUUACACUCUCAAGAAGACCGCCCUCUUCAUCCUACGCCAAUGGCUCCUCAUCGGGAUCGGCGUCGUCUGCGUACUGGCAUACUACUUCCCCAACGUCGCGAAGAACGGCGGCAUUAUCCGCUCCGAGUACAGCAUCCUGUACGGGGCGAUGGCGCUGAUCUUCCUGAUCUCGGGCCUCAGCGUGCCCCGCGAGAAGCUCUUCCGUCACCUGCUCAACUGGCGCCUGCACGUGCUGGUGCAGGUCUCCUCGUUCCUGUUCAUACCCGCGCUGAUGCUGGCGCUCGUGCAUAUUAUCUUGGCGGGCGACCCGCACCAGCACAUCGACCGCGCCGUGCUGGCCGGCUACAUCUUCCUGGCCUGCAUUCCUACGACCAUCGCCUCGAACGUGGUGAUGACCCGGUCGGCGGGCGGGGAUGACGCCGCCGCGCUCGUCGAGGUCAUCAUCGCGAACUUCCUGGGCCCGUUUAUCACCGCCGGCUGGACUAUCACCCUCCUCCCUGCGGAUCCGGCGUUCGAUCCCUGGCGUGCCGGGGACGGCAACCUGGGGGAUAUGUACCGCGAUGUGUUCAAGCAGCUCGGGCUGGCGGUGUUGUUGCCGCUGGUCGUGGGGCAGCUGGUUCGCUGGACUUGGCCUGAUCGGACGGCUUGGGUGCUGCAGACGUGUAAGUUGGCGAAGUUGAGUACCGCUUGUUUGCUGUUGUUGUUGUGGUCAACAUUCAGCUCCUGCUUCGCAACCAACGCCCUUCAAACCAUGAGCACUCAAAACAUCAUCUUCGUCGUCCUCUUCAACAUCGCCCUCUACGUCUUUUUGACAGGGGCCUGCUUCCUCAUCUCCCGACCCCCGACCUGCCUGUCCAGGAUAGAAAUCCCAAUCCCAAUUCCAGUUUCAGCCCCGUUGGCCGCCUGGCUAUCCCGGAAAACCACAAUCCAGCAACCCCACCCAAAGGAAACCCCCAGAAGCAACCUGGUCACGUUCAAAAUGGUAAGGGUCACCCCCUUCCGCCCCCUCCCGCCCAAAGAAGCCAUCGCCGUGUGCUUCUGCGGGCCGGCGAAGAGUACCGCGCUGGGGAUUCCCUUGCUGUAUGCCAUGUGGGGGUCGUUGGAGCUGUAUCUCAAGGCCAAGACCUCGGUGCCGGUGUUGUUGUUCACCACGGAGCAGAUAUGCGUGGCGCAACUCUUUGUGCAUUUGUUGGGGUGGUGGAGGCGGAGGGUUGAGCGGGAAGAGGAUUGUGAGGGGGGUGGGAUAGGGAAUGGGAGUGGGAGUCGGGGUGGUGAUGUUGGUGGUGAUUGUGAUUGUGGUUGUGGUUCUUCUGCCGCGGAGGCUGUGGAUGUGGUGGUGGGAGAAGAAGGAGGAGGAGUCGUGGAGGCUUCAAAGCAUGCUUAA